AUGGAUCACUCCGGAUCCUCCAAUGGCUCGCCGUCGCUGCCAUACAACGACGCCGUCGAUCAGUCCGACUCGAGUUCCCAAACGCUGGGACGUACCCCGGAGACCGACACCGCACCCGACGCGGCGCACCCGCCGGAGUAUGCGCGGGAGUCCGACCUAAUGCUUAGGUUGAAUGCACCCGGACCCGCGCCGUCCUACCGGCAGCCCGGCACGGCGACUCCGCAAGACAUGGCCGUGCAUGGCCAUCCGCAGAGCGCUGGCAGCAGCAUGUAUAUGCAGCCUCGAGGGGGCUGGGGCAACCAUGGACAAAACCUAGGUGGCCAGAUGCCACCACUCUCCCCAAGGACCUUUCCCAAAUGCAUUGGCUUCGGCGUCGCGGGGACGACCCCGAUUCUAUCGGAUGAGGCUGAUGCCGGAGGGGUGGAUUCCUCCUGUUCCGCUGUGGACUCCUCCUGUUCCGCAGGGUUACUCGCCAUCACGCCUGUGAGCGACAACGUAGAUAUCUACCAAGAAAAUCACGGUAAUGACAGCGAUGCGGACAGUGUUGGCUACGACGCCGACGUAGAGGGUGACGAGGAAGACUAUAGUAAUAACGACGACGCCGGCAGCGUCGACUGGGACGCCAUGGACCCCAGCUUGCCCAACGAGGUGAGCGAUGCCGGCAGCGUCGACUACGACGCCGAUGACGAGGACGAGGACGAGGACGAGACGCCGCUGUGGUGUGGAGAGAUGUGGUGUGGGGUUCGGUCGCCCGAGCAGCUGCCCGAGUCGGUUACCGAGUCCGAGUCCGAGGUGGAACUCUCCUCCGGCGGGUCGACACCCGAACCACAACAGGCCCAGCCUCAGCCCCAGGACCAGCCCCAGCCCCAGCACAGCCAGCACGACCAGCAGAUGGACCGACUGGCCUCGCUCGUCGCCAGCGUGCCCAAUCUCGCGAGUGCGCUGCCGCAUCGGCCACUAGUCAUCGUCGCCGGGGACUACCACCUAGACACGCACGCUCCUGCCGCAUCGACUGCCGGCGCUGACACGGGUGCACCACAUCACGGCGCGCCGAUCGUGCUCGUGGCUGGCAACAUGAACGAUGGUGUCCCAACGGGGCAGCGAAAGAGAAGGCGGGAUAACGAGGAGGAGAAGGAUGAUGGGGAAUAG